AUGCCGCCCAAAGCCGACUGGGAAAAGUACAAGAAGCCCGAUCUGGACUCCAAAGAUGAGGAGAAGAUCGUCGCGCUAGACGAAGGCGACAUCCAGCUUCUCAAGACAUAUGGUCAGGGCCCCUACGCAGCUUCCUUGAAGGGCAUCGAAAACGAGAUCAAGGAGCUCCAGAAGCGCGUCAACGAAAAGAUGGGCGUCAAGGAGAGCGACACCGGUCUUGCACCACCCAAUCUCUGGGAUCUGCCCGCCGACCGUCAACGUAUGGGCGAGGAGGAGCCUUUGCAAGUCGCCCGCUGCACAAAGAUCAUCAAAGCCGACGAUGGCAAGAAGGAGGGCGAAUCCUCGUCAGAGGGCGACGCUGCCGGAAGCGCAGCUGGUCGUUCGAGUGGCGGUCUCGGAGGAAUGGGCGGGCUCGGCGGCCUUGGCGGUCUCGGUGGCUCGCCGCCUCCGACAGCAGACGAGGAGGACAAGUACGUGAUCAACGUCAAGCAGAUCGCCAAGUUUGUCGUGUCGCUAGGCGAGCGUGUGGCGCCUACAGAUAUCGAGGAGGGCAUGCGCGUCGGCGUCGACCGCACAAAGUACCAGAUCCAGAUCCCACUGCCUCCCAAGAUCGACCCUUCCGUCACCAUGAUGCAGGUCGAGGAGAAGCCCGACGUGACAUACGGCGACGUGGGCGGAUGCAAGGAGCAGAUCGAGAAGCUGCGAGAAGUCGUCGAGCUGCCGCUGCUGUCGCCAGAACGUUUCGUCAACCUCGGCAUCGACCCACCCAAGGGUGUGCUGCUCUACGGCCCGCCCGGUACGGGCAAGACGCUGUGUGCUCGAGCCGUGGCGAACCGAACCGACGCCACCUUUAUCCGCGUCAUCGGCUCCGAGCUGGUGCAAAAGUACGUCGGCGAGGGCGCGAGGAUGGUGCGCGAGCUCUUUGAGAUGGCGAGGACCAAGAAGGCGUGCAUCAUCUUCUUUGACGAGGUGGAUGCGAUCGGCGGUGCGCGAUUCGACGACGGUGCCGGCGGCGACAACGAGGUGCAGCGUACCAUGCUCGAGCUCAUCAACCAGCUCGACGGCUUCGAUGCACGAGGCAACAUCAAGGUGCUCAUGGCCACCAACCGACCGGACACGCUCGACCCGGCGCUUCUGCGUCCCGGCCGUCUGGACCGAAGGGUGGAGUUUGGUCUGCCGGACAACGAUGGCCGUGCGCACAUCCUGCGCAUUCACGCACGCUCCAUGUCGGUCGAGCGCGAUAUCCGAUACCAUCUCAUCGCGCGUCUGUGCCCCAACGCGACGGGCGCUGAGCUGCGCUCCGUCGCCACCGAGGCGGGCAUGUUUGCCAUCCGCGCAAGGAGAAAGAUGGCCACAGAACGCGACUUCCUCGACGCCGUCGACAAGGUCAUUCGCCAGGGCUCCAAGUUUUCUUCCACAGCCCUGUAUGCCCAGUACAACUAG